AUAGAUCUUCAACACAGCUACGUUGAUCUCCUCUCUAUCUUUUCGUUUAACGUGCAGGAGCGCCAGUGUUUAAAGUUUAAAGUUAAUUUCAAUUAAAAGUUCUUUCAAAUUAAAAAUUUUAUAAUUUUUAAUUUUUUUGUACUAAUAAAUACUAAAGUAGUAAAAUCUUGUGGUCUUAAUUGAUUAAUUUCGCACGUAUCCUACGAUAUUCGCUGAAAUCUAUCACUUGUUGUAGUUCGAGUGCUUUAAGCUAAUUUAAAUUUAAAUUUGUUUCAAUUAAAAAGCUUUUAAAUCAUAAAAAAUACAAUAAAUAUAUUUUGUGGUAACUCGCUCAUUUUCCAAGUAUUGGGAAGUACUCGUUUACCGAACCGCUCCAGAAAGUUCCGUUAGUCGGCCAUUUUUAUUUUUUGCGCUCGCUUUGGCUUUCUUGAAAUUUCAUUCAUAUUUAAGGCGUUCGAAUACGUUUAUCUUCAUAAUGAGUCCACUUAAAAUUGAAAACCCUUGUGUGCUUUGUGGAUGUGAGUCCUCGUUGAUGUGCCAGCGUUGCCUCGAGCCCUACUGCAAUGCAAUAUGCCAGCGGAAGGACUGGCAGAAGCACAAGUACUACUGCACCCCGAUGCCCUCUUUGGUGAAACUAAACGGGGAAGUUAAAAAGCCCAUCGCCGAGGAACAGUCGCUGUCGAAGCCGAAUUCCAUUAAGAAGCGCGAGUCUGAUGUCCCGAAUCCGACAGUCGAUUCCAAGGACAUCAAAAGUCUUAGUGAGAAUGCCGAAAAGCCUUUGUCGAAGGCCUGGCGCGAUCCCUUCUUGCCACCGGGCGACGAUUUCUUUGAAGCCAGGGUAACCUUUAUGGAGAAAGAAGGUCCGUUCUGGGUCGUCGCGGCUACCCAUGUGGAGAGCCUGGAGCGCCUCAUGGACAAUAUGAUGAAGGCGAUGAACUCGCAAAAGCUGAAGCGGGCCGAGCUUGUGGAGGUGGACACCCUGGUGGCCAUCGAGAUGGACAACAAGAUCCAUCGCGGAAACGUGCUCACCGUCGACGAGAUGGGAAAGAGGGCCGAAAUACGGAUGAUCGACAACGGAGCUGUGGUCACCAUCCAGUUUAAGGAUAUAUACUCGGCCCUCUUUAGGAUGUCGGAUGUGAAGGCUUUUGCUUUUCGGGUGAAACAGCCAACCACUACUGGCGUUCAGACCAAUAAGAAUUUGACACUCCGGUUCGUGAGCCACAAAACGUCCGAGGGACUCUACAACGUCCAGAUGAAGCCGAAGUUGACCAUACCACUGAACCUACCCAUCGAGCUGCUCAAAGUGAAUCCCGAGCUGAACAUCGUCCGUGUCUUUAAGAAUGACUUUGCUCGCUCGGAGCCGGAGUCGAUCUUGGUGCAGCUGAAAGUUUUGGACAACAUCAACCAGGACCUGAAUGAAAUUCUGACCAAAAGGGCACAGCCCUGCAACGGACCGUUUCCGGAUGAAAAGUGCACAUUCUUUGUGGCGGCUCGCACCAAGGAUGGCUUUCGGCGCGUAUUUCUGCUCGACCACCUCGAGUUUCCGACUCCCACUUUCCUGGUCUACGAAAUGGACGAGGGCAAGAUCUCGUUAUGUAAUGAAGUCUGUCGCAUUCCCAGCCAACUGUUGGGCCUUCCCAUGCGAGUAUUCAGCAUCAUGCCGAAUGAACCCAUCUACAAAGGCUUGAAGGAGGAUGGUUGCGGUGAUGAGCAAUUGAGUGUCAAAUUCAAGCAGGAUAUCCCGGCUAGCAAGGACAAGAUAAGAACUCUGAACGCUUCCUUGUUGGCAAAUGGAAAACCAAUCGGCCUGGUGCGUCUCAAUUCCUUCCUUGGCCAAGUGUCUGACUUGGGACACAAGUUCUGGCGAAAUGCCAUCAAGAACGAGGACUUGGUCUACAUAACGCACGUGGUUAACUACAGCGAGGUGUAUAUUAGCUCCAAGGACACCCUGCGGUAUGCCAACAUUUUCAACCGCUUGGAGUCUAAAUGCAAGCCCUUUAAGGAGACCACCGACAUUCCAGAGGGCUGCAUAGUGCUGGUCACUUGCCCCAUACUGGGAAUCUUCCGUGGAGAAAUUUUAAACGUCAAGAAUGGUAUGUUCACUGUGGAAAACGUGGACACAGGUUCCUCUCACACCGUGCACUUGAAGGCGUUGCGUAUGGCGUGUCGCUUCCUGGAGAACUUGCCGGUGAGCCUGAUGCGGGUCAAGUUGAAGACAGUUCGCGAUAUUCCGGAAGCUGCCGUACCAGUAAACAGCGGCGCCAUUCGCCUGCUGAACGAGCACUCCGCUCAGCAGGACAUCUUCAGCCUGGACAUGCCCAUCUCCAACUUGGCAGUUGAUCUUCUGUCCAGAUCCAGUGAUCAGACGUCUUUGGUGGGCCGUAUUCUGCCCAUUAUGUUUACGUCGGCUAAUCCUCCGGACGCACCUCCGACCCCAGCUAAGCCUACUGCGCAACCAAGUUCGGUUGCUCCUCAGCCAGUUUUAUUGGAGCCUGCUCGUGCUUUGCCACCCUUGCCACCCUCUCCACCCGGCUCUCCGGAUCGCCUUUAUUCGGUGGAUGCUAGACAGCUGCUGGAGCUGUCCACGGCAAGUGUCCUGGAAACAAAGCCCUUUGAACGGUACUACUACGCCGAUCUGGUGAAGCACCUGGUGCCAGUAGGGGAGGACAUCGAGGUUAUUUGUCUCGGUGCCUGUAAUAUGUCGAAAACUGGAUAUAUUACGGCCUGUUUCUUCCAAAACGAAAAGGUGGCUGAGAACUUCCAGGGAUUGCUAUCUCUGGUGGCCCACCACGGUACUUGCGCCCAUAAUUCGGUCACCACCUACUUGCCAGGAGUUGGAGAACUGUGCCUGGCGAUCUACAGCUUGGAUAACUGCUGGUACCGUGGCGUCUGCCUGGAGAAUGAUCACAAGACGACCAAGAUUUUGUACUGUGACUUUGGUAAUGUGGAGCAUGUGCCGUCGGAGAAUCUCAAGCCCAUUCCCAACGACGCACUGCAUCCUGUUUAUGCCACAAAGUGCUACAUUGAUGGCUUCGAUAAGACCAAGGACUUCACUGCCCUGGAGGAGUAUCUCUCACACCCCAUCAAGUUAAAAUGCCGUGUUCGCAAUGGCCCCGAGACCGAUUCGCGUAUAAUAACCAUCCCCAAUAUGGACAAAAUCCUGGCACAAGUUGAGGUCUAAUUUAGAAAUAUUCAAACCCUUUGACAAGAUUGAUUCUUUUUCGCUACUUUUCGAUACUUUGUAGCUUUAAGUGUACACAGAAUAUGUACUUCUUUGUAACUUUGAAAGCCUUGUUUUUUUUUCUUUAAAUCAUCUUUGUUUUUUAAUUAAUCCGUAUCUUACAAGACUUUUUGUAACAUUCCACAACAAUUAUCUUUUUUUUUUAUUUGACGCAUUAGAGAGAAGUAAUUGGCUUUGCAUUAAAUUCUGGAAAAACA